CGAAGAUGGCGGAUUCGCUGUCGACGGGUCUAGGCGAGGAGAAAGAACAAGAGAAAGGAGGCAAUGAGAAGGAGAGAAAUGCUGUCAGAAUAGAAAGAAAUAAAGACAAAGACGGAGUUACCGAGACGCUGGGGUUCAACGAUAAAAAUGGCGCUACUAGAGGCCAAAAACGAAACCUGUCAGCACAAAGUAUAUAAACAUGUCCUAUAAAGAUGUUUGUUAUUUGGAAUCAAGAAGAUAUUGGAAGGUACAAUUUUCUCUGAACAGAUUUAUCCCUGGGCAGAUUUAUAACCACUGAAAUAACCAGGGGCUAUUUCCUUGAACACAAUGAAGCCAAAUACACAGAGCGCAGAGAGAAGGUGUACACCUGCCUCCGCAUCCCCAAGGAGCUGGAGAAGUUGAUGACUUUUGGCUUCUUCCUGUGUCUGGAUACCUUUCUCUAUGUGUUUACCCUGUUGCCCCUCAGGGUGGUUCUUGCCCUUUUAAGGCUCGUCGCUGUACCGUGCUGUGGCCUCAGGGGCUCCAGGUUGCUUCAGCCAGCCCAAGUGUGUGAUGUGCUGAAAGGCUUCAUUAUGGUGCUGUGUUACUCAAUGAUGAGCUAUGUGGAUUACUCCAUGAUGUACCACCUCAUCCGGGGGCAGUCUGUCAUCAAACUCUACAUAAUUUACAACAUGUUGGAGGUGGCAGAUCGCCUGUUCUCGUCCUUUGGCCAAGACAUCCUGGACGCUCUGUACUGGACAGCCACUGAGCCCAAAGAGAAGAAGAGAGCACACAUUGGUGUGAUUCCUCACUUCCUCAUGGCUGUGCUUUACGUUUUUCUUCAUGCCAUUCUCAUCAUGGUACAAGCCACAACACUAAACGUUGCCUUCAACUCCCACAACAAGUCUCUGCUCACCAUAAUGAUGUCCAAUAACUUUGUGGAAAUCAAAGGAAGCGUGUUUAAGAAGUUUGAAAAAAACAACCUUUUCCAGAUGUCUAACAGUGACAUAAAAGAGAGGUUCACCAACUACAUCCUCCUGCUCAUCGUCUGUCUGAGGAACAUGGAGCAGUUCUCAUGGAACCCCGACCACCUGUGGGUACUCUUUCCAGAUGUUGUCAUGGUGAUAACAUCUGAGGUUGCUGUGGACGUUGUAAAGCAUGCCUUCAUCACCAAGUUCAACGACAUCAGUGCUGAUGUGUAUGGAGAAUACAGAGCAAGCCUUGCCUUUGAUCUUGUCAGCAGCAGACAGAAAAAUGCUUACACAGACUACAGUGACUCUGUAUCCAGAAGAAUGGGCUUCAUCCCUCUUCCUUUAGCCCUGCUGCUCAUCAAAGUAGUGACCAGCUCAGUGAAGAUCCAGGGUUCGCUCUCCUUCAUGUGUGUAAUGCUGUUUUACCUUGGGAUGAUCAUGCUGAAGGUUCUCAACAGCAUCGUUCUCCUCGGGACGUCUUGUGUGUUCGUCAAAGAGGCAAACAUGGAAGAAAAACUCUUUGACCCUCCUCCUUCUGUCGCCUCCAGCCGAGCUAACUCCCGAGCUAACCGGAACAAACAUGCUCCCACUGCAUCAAACCAAGAGCCAACUACCGACAAAGCAGGAUUCUCUCCGGCAUCUGGCGUCCUUCAGCCCACCAACAGGCUAGAAAGCACUGCACCCUCGAUCCCCAAGAGCGACUCGGACACGUUUCUGACCACGCCAGAUGAGGAGGACGAUGAAAAAAUCAUAAACACUGACACAGGAUUGGAAGGAGAUGAACUCAGACACAGAACAUCUAAGAAAGAUUUAUUGGAAAUCGACCGAUUCACCAUUUGUGGUAACAGAAUAGACUGAAUGCUGCAGGAACCACCAGCAGGGUCCAGAGGCCAGAUAAAGGUCACAGAGCACGCUCAGACCUGACUCACUCUUAUGCACCUGAUCCCUUUGAGUAUUUAUUUAUUUAUUUAUUACUGGAAAAACCAGCCAAGGAAUAAAGCUGUUACAACAGAAGCCUCGUCAGAAGUGUUCUGUGCACUGCAAAGACUCCUAUCAUGGUCGUCAUGGGAACACGCCGACUCCAGAUGAGAGAUCAGAUGUGACUGAAGGGGCUUUACAGCUGGACUGUACAGUUGUGUGUUUGAAAGCACAAUCAUAUCUGUGGAAGGUUGUUCAUAGAACAAAAGUUGUCUGAUUGUUUUUUAUUUCAAAUGAUAGACAUUUUUAAAUGUUUAAAUAAUUUAUAAAACACAAAUGUUAAAUUUUUUUUCUAAAUCUACCAAAUGAGCUACAGAUCUGUUGUUCGCGGUAAGAAAAACAUUUUGAAUUCUUUAAAUCUGCAGACUCCAACACCAAUUUAAAUGAUUGAGAUCAUUAGUCCAACAACAGCAGCUGUGAUUUAUUAGUUCCAUUUGCAUGAUGACAUGUUUCCAUGUAAAGCUGUUUGUGUUGACAUUACUUGAAAGCAUCGAACUGUCGGUGGUGUGAUAUUAAAAAUUUGGGUUUAAAUAAUUUUCCUUCCCAGUAUGCUUAAUUUGUACAUUUGUCAUUCAGACAUUUAGCCUACAUCAUUUUUGCAUUUGAAACUAUGUUUUGGUGCUUAUAAAUUAUAAAGUGGAUGGUGUGUGAAGUUUUACUGGGAUGGGAUAAUUCAUGAAGGGUAACCGGAGCGGUGGGGAUUGUAAAAGUUACUGAUGGGUUAAUUCUACCACCAAUAUCAAAGAAACACAAACUGGACAGGGACAAUUGUCUUUAAGAGCAACUUUGCAAAGCAGUGUGUAUGUUCACGUCCAAACUCAGACUGAAAUCCACUUGGCUCAGCUAGGUCUUUUAUUAGAACAUUCAUGAAAUCAUUAAAAUGGAAAAGAACACACAAGAUGAAAUUUUAGGGAGUACCUCUAAUCAGUGGUAUGCAGGAACAGAAACUAGUUUCACUGGGGAGUCAAGAUGUGAGUGUUUUAAUCAUUGAGUCAGAGUGCUUUGCUGUUCUUAUGUGAGCUGAAAGAUUUUAAUGUCAUAAGGCAUUGAUCAAUAACUAUCUAAAAUCUCUUAACGGUUACUGAUGGAAGGCUUUGAUUUAUUGAAGAGUUGUGUUUCAGUUGAUGUGAAUUCAGUGCAGGAAGUCACUUAGCCUUUGUUUUUUGAUUAUGCUAAUAAUAUUUGUGUUUACAUUUAUGCAAGAAAAGUGCAUUCAUGUUUUCUUAUAUGAAGCUCAAAACAGGUCAGAAGUUUGUUUCUUUUGAUUGUUUUUGAAUAUUUUUAGUCAUUGGAACCAGUUAAAAGGACCAAAAUGGACAUUGUUUAAAUUGUUUUAGUAAACAUUCAGGGGAUGUAACAACAUCUGCAUUAGUAAUGCCAUCCAGCAUUGUUACCUUUUUCCUGUUUGUUCUUUACAAUUAUUGUUUAUUAACUGUGAUGUAGGAAGAUACAUGAGAGACAUCAUAGAAACAACUGAAACAGUAAGAUCUUUGUAAAAGAAGCAUCAAAACGAUUUUCCAAGUGUGUGUGUGCAUACAAAGUGGGAUUAUUUUCAGUGUGUGGAUGUGUGAAUCAGACAUUCUGAUGUUUUCAUGUAAAACCCAUCAGUGUAAUGCAUUUUCUUAUACAAGGAGAAUAAAAUAAGGUUUGUUUUAGAGCUC